CACAUCCAUUAUUGCGAUGGUGGUGUCGGUGGGACAUUGAAUGACUUUGGCUGCACCGCGAAACAUCGCGUUUAUUUCGACUCUGUGGCAGCGCAGCCGACAUGGAGGCUCUUAUUCCCGUCAUUAACAAGCUCCAGGACGUGUUCAACACUGUCGGGGCGGAUAUAAUCCAGCUGCCGCAGAUAGCAGUGGUGGGAACCCAGAGUAGCGGCAAAAGUUCCGUUCUUGAGAGCCUGGUGGGUCGCGACCUGCUACCCAGGGGCACGGGAAUCGUGACCCGCCGACCCCUCAUCCUCCAGUUGGUCCAUGUGGACCCGGGAGAUGCUCGCAAAAAUGAGGACAGCGGAAGGGAAGGAGAAGAAUGGGGAAAGUUUCUGCACACCAAGAAUAAGAUCUUCAAUGAUUUUGAUGAAAUCAGGCAAGAAAUUGAAGCUGAGACGGAGAGAAUAUCAGGGAACAACAAGGGCAUCAGCGAUGAGCCGAUCCAUCUGAAGAUCUUCUCUCCUCACGUGGUCAAUCUGACUCUUGUGGACCUGCCGGGGAUCACCAAGGUGCCAGUCGGCGACCAGCCCAAUGACAUUGAGCUCCAGAUCCGGGACUUGAUUCUCAAACACAUCUCCAACCCCAAUUGCAUCAUCCUGGCAGUGACUGCUGCCAACACCGACAUGGCGACCUCGGAGGCCCUGAAAGUCGCACGAGAAGUCGACCCGGACGGCCGGAGGACCCUGGCUGUCGUGACCAAGUUAGACCUAAUGGACGCUGGAACGGACGCCAUGGACGUUCUGAUGGGUCGGGUCAUCCCUGUCAAACUGGGACUCAUCGGAGUCGUCAACAGGAGUCAGCUGGACAUCAACAACAAGAAGUCGGUGGCUGACGCCAUCAGGGACGAGUACGCCUUCCUGCAGAAGAAGUAUCCCUCACUGGCCAAUCGGAACGGAACCAAGUACCUGGCUAGAACUCUCAACAGGCUGCUGAUGCACCAUAUCCGAGACUGUCUCCCGGAGCUGAAGACUCGCAUCAACGUCCUGGCAGCCCAGUACCAGUCGCUCCUCAGCAGCUAUGGUGAGCCAGUGGAGGACCAGAGCGCCACCUUGCUGCAGCUCAUCACCAAGUUUGCCACUGAGUACUGCAACACCAUCGAGGGCACGGCCAAGUACAUCGAGACGGCCGAGCUGUGUGGCGGCGCCCGGAUCUGCUACAUCUUCCACGAGACUUUCGGCAGAACUCUGGAGUCAGUAGAUCCUCUGGGAGGUCUGAGCACCAUCGACAUCCUGACGGCCAUCAGGAACGCCACUGGCCCGCGUCCCUCUUUGUUUGUUCCAGAGGUUUCUUUUGAGCUUCUGGUGAAGAAGCAGGUGAAGCGGCUGGAGGAGCCCAGUCUCCGCUGCGUGGAGCUGGUGCACGAGGAGAUGCAGCGAAUCAUUCAGCACUGCAGCAACUACAGCACGCAGGAGCUCCAGAGGUUUCCCAAGCUUCACGAGGCCAUUGUGGAGGUGGUGACGUCCCUGCUGAGGAAGAGACUUCCCAUCACCAAUGAGAUGGUGCACAACCUGGUGGCCAUUGAGCUCGCCUACAUCAACACCAAACACCCCGACUUCGCCGACGCCUGCGGAGUCAUGAACAACAACAUCGAGGAGCAACGGAGGAACCGGAUGAGGGAACUUCCAGCCGCAGUGCCCCGAGACAAGUCCGCUGCCAAAGGUCCGGCUCCGGUCUCCGGGGACUCUCCCGCCUCUGGAGCGGAUGUGGACGGUGUCAAGGCUCCUUCAGCGGUGCCACCAGGGGGCGACCAGGAUGCCACUGGGAAUUGGAGGGGGAUGUUGAAGAAAGGAGAGGACGCCCCGGGGUCUGGCCCAGGAAGUCCACUGAGGGGCGCCGUGAACUUGCUGGAUGUGCCGGUGCCAGUCGCCAGGAAGCUAUCGUCACGUGAGCAGCGCGACUGUGAGGUCAUUGAGCGCCUCAUCAAAUCCUACUUCCUGAUCGUGCGCAAGAACAUCCAGGACAGUGUCCCCAAGGCCGUCAUGCACUUCCUGGUCAACCAUGUGAAGGACAGCCUGCAGAGCGAGUUGGUCGGGCAGCUCUACAAGUCUGGACUCCUCAACGACCUUCUGACGGAGUCGGAAGACAUGGCCCAGCGCCGCCGCGAGGCCGCCGACAUGCUGCAGGCGCUGCAGAAGGCCAGUCAGGUGAUCGCUGAGAUCAGGGAGACGCACCUGUGGUGAUGAGCUGCACUGACCCCUGCUCACCAGGAGGUGGCAACGAAGAGCGCUGUCGAACAAAAGCGUUUCAAUCCUCAAUUCUAAGUUAUUGAUCAGUUAUUAUUUUGGAUAGCGAGAUGAGGUGCGUGUGUGUGUGUGAGAGAGAGAGAGAGAGAGAUCACUACUGCUGCACUGUUGCCGUCACUGUUAACUUUAUUUAUUGAUGUGAUAUUUAUGUGUUUAUUUGUUUACAUAUCGCUGCCACAGACGUGUUUGUCCAAAAUAAACUGAA